CCAGGCUGCUCCUCCCAUGGAGGAAGAGGAGUUCUUUGAGAUCGAUUCCAACGCGUACUACCAGAUCCAGUGGACGGAUGGGCCGUUCGGCUUUACUGUGCGCGAAGCGCAGUCGAAACAGGGAUCUGUAGUCCUCAUUACCAAACGCACCGGCAAGAGCACGUGUGCUGGUCUACGGCGUGUGGCCGUGGGCGAUAUCCUCAUCAAGAUCGGGGACAAGGACGUCCGUCAGCUGGGCUUCGAGCGAUCGACCAUGCACUUACGCAACGUUCCCAAGCCAGUGGUGCUGACGUUCCAAGCCAUCGAUUAGCAAGAAGUAGAAAGAGAGUCGCCAAGGGCAGCGCGUAGAAGACACUGCACAUAUUUGUUGAAGUUGACAUUGUCAUUCGCUAUCAAAAUAUGGCUACACUCUGCCAA